AUGCAGCAACCCGCCAAGCUCCAUUUCGGCACACAGUCCAUUCAGCCCGGACUCGAGCGCCUCGUGCCGCCUAACCGUCAAUCAGCUGCAACAAUCGCCGCAGCAGCCCACAAGAUUCCCGGGCACCUUCGCAUUACUGCCGAAACGCGCGACGUAAUGAGCGCGCACCUGAAGAACGUCAAUGGAGUGGACCGCAGGACAUUCAAUUACACCGUGAAGGAACAAGAUGCGGCAAUCUGCCUGCUCAUGGCGCGCGGCCUGUACAUCCCCAACGCCAAAAUGGAGGCCGAUAUCAAAGAUCUUAGCACGCGUGACGUUCGAUCCAAGUACUCGGUUGUCUGGAGUCGGUCGUCGCCACGCAGUGGGGCAUUGCGCACCGAGCGCGUACUGCAGUGCCUAUGCGGCAUCGACCACGAGGCACCCGGGGCCAAGAAGGCCGACAAGCGCCAUAUACCCUGGACGUACGUUGGGUGCCUGUCGUUCGUCACCGUGAUUACGAUGCACGACAUCGAAGAUCGCCGCUUCCUUGCCGUUGACAGCAUCUCCGGCAUCCUCGACCACUCCGAUGAUUGCAACAUCGAGAUUGAGAUGUUCAAGCAGCCCCCCAUUCCACUCCAUCCCGACGUCCGAGCUUAUGCGCUUGAGCUGCUACGCGACCGCGAGCCUCUGUACCUAGUCCGAACGAAGUGCGCUGCAUUUGCUAUCACACGCUUCGGUGAUCGCCCUGGCGACAAUCACUACCGCUUUGUGCUAGCCGACCACGAGACAGCAUCACUCUAUCGCUCAAUCGCCGCUGAAUCUGGCAUUGCUCCGAGAUCCACAGCUGAGGACAAUAUCGACAAGUGGUUCCGCGCGAAGCUUCCCAGCCCACCUCCCGCUCACGCCGCUGCUUUCCGUGACUCAUGUCUACACUACCAAGCCUAUCAGCCCGGCAUCACCGAUCGCUUUGAGCUCAUCAUUUCGACUCCGGAACAACAGGCUGCAGCUUGGCGCUUCGGUCACAAGAAGCUUGUUCUCACAGAUCUGACGUUCGGCUUCUGCUCGGCACGCGCGCUUCUAUCGAUUCUGAUGGUGCUGGACUCGAAAGGCCGCGGAUUGCCCGUCGCUUUCAUCAUAUUUACUGCUCGGAAACAUGCGAGGGCUGUCCAUGCUGAUUACGACACCGAGGUGCUCACACGCUUGUACGGCCUAUUCAAGACGAGCCUCGGCAAGAACAGCGACGGCGAGGAGAUUGACUUUAGCGUCGCGGUGACGGACAUGGAUCCCCGCGAGCGACAUGCGCUUCAGCAUCACUGGCCGGCGGUUUACCUGCUGAUCUGCGUAUUCCACGUGCGGCAGGCUUGGCGCAACGCACUCAACAAGUUUCUCCGGUCUAUUCCCGCCGUCGAGGAUCGCAAAGAAGUCCGCGCUAGGCUCUCACGCUUCCUGGUCGAGCUAAUCAAGACCGAAAUGACUUACGACGAUGUCAAGGAUGCGUACAACGAGGAGUGGGAGUACUUUCGUGACCUCGCUAUGUCGCGCGUGCCAAUGCGGCGCUCUCAGGGUGACGCCGCCAUCGCCUUUCUCACGUAUCUAAAGAGCUACGUCAUCUCCGAGGCGUACUGGGCUUCGUGGUCCCUGACUGGCGCCGCCGACGCGUCGCGUCGCCUCAGCAUUCCUGUUGCCGCUGUGCCCCGCACCAACAACCACCUCGAAAGCUUCAACGGACGCAUCAAGGGCAAGUACUUCGCACCUUACGCUCGGUCUGGACGGCAACCGCGCAUCGACAGCUGGCUCGUGAUAACCAUCACGAAGGUAAUUCCCGACUUCUUUGAGUCGAUCAAAUCGAAGGACGACAGGACGGCGUAUUAUUCCAGCAUGAUGGGCGCUGCGCCACCGUCGGCACAUCCGAUGGACGCGAGCGCCAGCAGCGACUCGGAUUCACCCGAAGCGUGGGUGCGGGAGCUGGAGGCGGAUCAGCGCGCAGAGGAGUCAGGAGCGCACGAGGAAGAUAGUGGGGUGGUGGAAUGUGUUGCGCCUGAGACGGUCCAUGGAUCGGACUCAGAGGGCUCAUUCAUCGACGACAACGCAGUACCUCCGCCCCCUUCCCCAUCACCACCUGCCACCCCGCGGUCCCCUCCUAUCCCAUUCACGCCGCCAUCUCAGCUGACCGCGUUGUCGGCGUCGGCAUCACCCGAGCCGCAGACGGAGUCAGCUGCGGAUUUAAUUCCGCCGCCCGAAUAUGGUUCCCGGCUCGCGACACUUCUUAUGGAGUUGCAGAGCCACCGCGCGGCAGGUGCUGCCAUCGCGCAGGAGAUUGUCGCGCUUGCGCCCGCCUACGAGCCCGAAGUGCGUGCCCUGCUCGACAUCCCGCCCAGUCUCCCCGACAUUGUCCCAUCUGCCUCCGAAGUGGUGCCGCUGUCACACUCGUCCAUCACAUCACCUGCGGCGACAUCACACGGCGCGUCCCCAAUCCGCACGACACGGUCUGGCCUGGCCCGCUUCUCGCCUAUGAAGAAGGAGAAACGGAUUCAAUCGUAUGCCACGUAG